AUGUUGAGGGUCUCUUCAAUACUCUAUUUACAACAAGUUUGGUCUCGUCCUUCGACAUUGGUAAUAGUGGAAGUUGCUAAACCCAUUGCUCCAAUCAUUUCUGCUUCCGAAGAAGAGGAGAGAGAAGAGGAGGCCACCCAAGAUUCAGCUUCAACUCUUACUGAGCAAGCUGCUAUAGUAAUAGAACAAGAACAGGACAAGGUAAUCGGCACCAUACAAGAGCAGGACAGAGUAAGCGACAUCAUACAAGAGCAAGGCGAGGAUCAAGUGCAAGGCGAGGAUCAAGAGCAGCCAGAGAUUGAGCAAGAACAAAUAUUUGUUGCAGCAUCCAGAACUGUUAGUUUCAAAGAGGGGUCCAUAUGUAGUAGCUUGAAAAUUUCUGCACCUUCUGUAGUAGUUACGAAUGGAUCAGAAACAGUGGCUAUCAUCCAACAACAGCCACCACCAUCACCAACAUUGCCCAGAGUAUUACCUCAAAAACCAGUCGAACGUGAGUACUACGAUGAUGAUCUUGAUCUUGAUGACGAGGAUGAAGAAGAGAUCAACACACCGCCCUCGACACCUUCGUCCAAAUUCUCCCCUAAACGCAUGUUGCAUCGAGCCAGAUCCAGCAUCAAUGAUGAAUCUGUUCGCAACUUGGGCCGCAGAACGAGUAUGUUUCUCGAGAAAUUUAAUUAUCAACCCACCUUACCUGCUACACCUAAUUUGAGAAGGCAAUCAUCUAAGUUAACAAAUAAAGGCAAGACUCUCUCAACGAAAUUAAAAAGGGUCUUGUCGUUUCAUCAUACAAACUAA